AAUUUAUCAUUUCCCCUGUGGCUGUGCUCGACUGUAGUCAACAAAGUGAACUGUUGGUCUUUAACAAGUAGUUCACUAACGAAUAGAUCAAUGAUAGAAAAGUUAUCUUAAAUACCAUAAUCACAAUGAAUUGCUGCCGUCUUUCAAUUAUAUUCAAUUUGGUCGUUUUUGUAUUUUUGGCAAAGCAAGGAAGUUGCCAAUACACUAGUGGAGGGUGUCGCGUCCCUGUCACGCAAACAUCAAACUACUUUGUACUUGACGCCAAUCAUGGAAAAUGGCCAGGUAGUGGAUUUUGUCAAGCAAUCAACUCAAAAAUCGUUCAAACCAACACCUACCAAGUAAAAGCACAACUUUUGAACUACAAUGGCUGGAAUGGAGUUAACAGUGGUCACCUUGGUCUUAUUUACAACGUUCAAAACUCAGGAAAUUAUGAUUUUGUUUAUUUCAGGCCCCACACUUCAAGUCGCUGUUUCCAGACUGGUUUUGUCGUAAAUGGUGUUCCUACAUUUACAGCGGCAAUAUCAGCAGCUUGCCCAGGUCAAGGUCCUCCUAAAGGUCGUCAAUGGUUUGAUGUACGUGUUGAAGUAAACAAAAACAAGGCAAAGAUAUUCCUGGAAGGAAAAUUCGUGAGAGAAGUUACUCCACAUUAUCCUGCAAAAGGUCAUGGUGGAGUGCUGGUUGCAAAUGGUUACCGGAACAUUGUGCAUUUUAGAAAUUUUGAUAUCACUCAGUACGAUAAUGAUUAUUUAGUAACAUCUUGCGUUGCGGCAUCAAGUGGAUCAACUGGAAGUUAUUUUGUGUUGGACGCCAGUCAUGGAUCAUGGCCAAGCAGUGGAUUCUGUUCCGCCUUGAACGAAAAAGUUACACUGACGGGUAACAAGUACGCCAUCUCAGCAGAGAUCUUUAAUAAGAUUGGUCGGGGUAGUGUUAAUUUUGGACAUCCUGGUCUUCUUUACAACGCGAGGAAUAAAAUGAACUACGAUUUUGUCUACUUUAGGCCCCACAGUUCAAGUGGCUGUUUCCAGACUGGUUUUGUCGUAAAUGGUGUUCCUACAUUUACAGCGGCAAUAUCAGCAGCUUGCCCAGGUCAAGGUCCUCCUAAAGGUGGUCAAUGGUUUGAUGUACGUGUUGAAGUAAACAACAACAAGGCAAAGAUAUUUCUGGAAGGAAAAUUCGUGAGAGAAGUUACUCCACAUUAUCCUGCAAAAGGUCAUGGUGGAGUGUUGGUUGGGAAUGGUUACGCGAACAUAGUGCAUUUUAGAAAUUUUGAUAUCACUCAGUACGAUAAUGGUUAUUUAGUAACAUCUUGCGUUGUGGCAUCAAGUGGAUCAACUGGAAGUUAUUUUGUACUUGACGCCAAUCAUGGAAAAUGGCCAGGUAGUGGAUUUUGUCAAGCAAUCAAUUCAAAAAUCGUUCAAACCAACACCUACCAAGUAAAAGCACAACUUUUGAACUACAAUGGCUGGAAUGGAGUUAACAGUGGUCACCUUGGUCUUAUUUACAACGUUCAAAACUCAGGAAAUUAUGAUUUUGUUUAUUUCAGGCCCCACACUUCAAGUCGCUGUUUCCAGACUGGUUUUGUCGUAAAUGGUGUUCCUACAUUUACAGCGGCAAUAUCAGCAGCUUGCCCAGGUCAAGGUCCUCCUAAAGGUCGUCAAUGGUUUGAUGUACGUGUUGAAGUAAACAACAACAAGGCAAAGAUAUUCCUGGAAGGAAAAUUCGUGAGAGAAGUUACUCCACAUUAUCCUGCAAAAGGUCAUGGUGGAGUGCUGGUUGCAAAUGGUUACCGGAACAUUGUGCAUUUUAGAAAUUUUGAUAUCACUCAGUACGAUAAUGAUUAUUUAGUAACAUCUUGCGUUGCGGCAUCAAGUGGAUCAACUGGAAGUUAUUUUGUGUUGGACGCCAGUCAUGGAUCAUGGCCAAGCAGUGGAUUCUGUUCCGCCUUGAACGAAAAAGUUACACUGACGGGUAACAAGUACGCCAUCUCAGCAGAGAUCUUUAAUAAGAUUGGUCGGGGUAGUGUUAAUUUUGGACAUCCUGGUCUUCUUUACAACGCGAGGAAUAAAAUGAACUACGAUUUUGUCUACUUUAGGCCCCACAGUUCAAGUGGCUGUUUCCAGACUGGUUUUGUCGUAAAUGGUGUUCCUACAUUUACAGCGGCAAUAUCAGCAGCUUGCCCAGGUCAAGGUCCUCCUAAAGGUGGUCAAUGGUUUGAUGUACGUGUUGAAGUAAACAACAACAAGGCAAAGAUAUUUCUGGAAGGAAAAUUCGUGAGAGAAGUUACUCCACAUUAUCCUGCAAAAGGUCAUGGUGGAAAAUUUGAUAUCACUCAGUACGAUAAUGGUUAUUUAGUAACAUCUUGCGUUGUGGCAUCAAGUGGAUCAACUGGAAGUUAUUUUGUACUUGACGCCAAUCAUGGAAGAUGGCCAGGUAGUGGAUUUUGUCAAGCAAUCAAUUCAAAAAUCGUUCAAACCAACACCUACCAAGUAAAAGCACAACUUUUGAACUACAAUGGCUGGAAUGGAGUUAACAGUGGUCACCUUGGUCUUAUUUACAACGUUCAAAACUCAGGAAAUUAUGAUUUUGUUUAUUUCAGGCCCCACACUUCAAGUCGCUGUUUCCAGACUGGUUUUGUCGUAAAUGGUGUUCCUACAUUUACAGCGGCAAUAUCAGCAGCUUGCCCAGGUCAAGGUCCUCCUAAAGGUGGUCAAUGGUUUGAUGUACGUGUUGAAGUAAACAACAACAAGGCAAAGAUAUUCCUGGAAGGAAAAUUCGUGAGAGAAGUUACUCCACAUUAUCCUGCAAAAGGUCAUGGUGGAGUGCUGGUUGCAAAUGGUUACCGGAACAUUGUGCAUUUUAGAAAUUUUGAUAUCACUCAGUACGAUGAUUAUUUAGUAACAUCUUGCGUUGUGGCAUCAAGUGGAUCAACUGGAAGUUAUUUUGUGUUGGACGCCAGUCAUGGAUCAUGGCCAAGCAGUGGAUUCUGUUCCGCCUUGAACGAAAAAGUUACACUGACGGGUAACAAGUACGCCAUCUCAGCAGAGAUCUUUAAUAAGAUUGGUCGGGGUAGUGUUAAUUUUGGACAUCCUGGUCUUCUUUACAACGCGAGGAAUAAAAUGAACUACGAUUUUGUCUACUUCAGGCCCCACAGUUCAAGUGGCUGUUUCCAGACUGGUUUUGUCGUAAAUGGUGUUCCUACAUUUACAGCGGCAAUAUCAGCACCUUGCCCAGGUCAAGGUCCUCCUAAAGGUGGUCAAUGGUUUGAUGUACGUGUUGAAGUAAACAACAACAAGGCAAAGAUAUUUCUGGAAGGAAAAUUCGUGAGAGAAGUUACUCCACAUUAUCCUGCAAAAGGUCAUGGUGGAGUGUUGGUUGGGAAUGGUUAUGCGAACAUAGUGCAUUUUAGAGCGUAUAGAAUAUGCUCAGGAUAAUUCUACUGUAGGCCCGAAUAAGAGACUGACAGAGUUUAUUCCCAACCUCAAUUGAAAAAUCGUAAUAAAUCAGCACCGUAAUAAAAGCAAUAUAAAUGUAAUUUAACGUUUUGAUGUUAACUUUUGUGGUAUUUUAUGGUUGUGCUUAUAUUUAGACUUGCGUAAAUAAUUGUGUGGCUAAAGUGUAACUGAUAUCAUAAGAAAUUACUGUAACUUGGUAACUAAAAUAAAUGUAUUGAGGCAUAUUGCAAACUGCUAGUUUACCUCAGACAAGAUACAGUUACUUUUAAAUUAAAUAAUAUCGCAAUUGAAUCUUUACCAAACCUAAUAACUACAAUCUUUUUAAUUUUCCUUUCACUGCUGCAAUAGUUUCCAAUGUUUAUCUAACUGUAUUAUUUAACUGCAUGUGUAGUUCAAAUAACAUUUUUGUGACACAUCUCCAUCAAGGUUUUUGCCUGGGGAAAGGAAAACCCUGCCAGUUUAGCCUGUUUAGGGAACCCUAACAUACUGACAAAUGAUGAUGAUGGCAUUUAAUAUUGAGAUUGUUGCAGCGCACAAUGGAAUAACUGUAACUUUGGCCUUUAAAAGCAUGCCAGAAAAUGUCAGAAACAGGUUGCAAGAAUAUUACUAGAAAAUCAUAAGCAAGAAUAUCACAGUCUAGAGGCUAAAUAAGAAAUCUCAAGUCUUAAAGAUUGAUGGAAAGGAAGACUGAAGAGAUGGGUAAAGUGGCAGGUUUUCAUGUAAUUCUAACUCCUAACACGGUAACAC